UAUUAUUGACAAGAGAAAAGACUGCCAAAAAUACGUCGCGAGGAAAGAGGAUUUUAAGUAAAGUUUCCUCUUUACAUAUUUGUAUUCACUACUAUUUUUUGUACUAAUAUUACAAAUUAGUAACCUGUUCAAAAAUAAAAGGUUUAGCCUUGAUAAUGAUGCUCUCAAAUUUUCUACAGUCAAAUGGGUGAAUAUUUGAAUUUAAUUUUGCCAGCUGGUUGAGUGAAAUUUCAAAAAAUUAGAACAAACAGUGUGAUUUUCGGAAUAAAUAUGACUUCCUCUAAUGAUGAUGUUAUUAAGGCUAUUCUUCAAUACCAGGAGAGACUGGAAAGAUAUAAAACUAGUAAAAGCGAAGAUAAAAUACAAUAUGUACUGGGAAAGCUAGGCAAGCUUCCUAUUAGGACAUCCCAUUUGGAAACCACUGGGGUAGGAAGGACGGUUAAUGCUUUGAAAAAGUUUGGGGGAGAGGUUGGAGAAAUUGCCAAAGACUUAGUGAUAUCUUGGAAGGAAAUGGUUCUGGAAGAAGAGAAAGCUGCUCAAGAAACUUCAAUGGAGACUGAGGAAGAUGCAGACUCAAAUUAUUCGAGUGAAAAUGAAAAUAAAGACUGCAAAAAAGAUAUAUCUAAGGAGACAGUAAGUGGUACUUCAGAUGGAAAUGAAAGUGAAGGGUAUGAUAGUAAACGAGAAGUUCCUAAUAGGAGUGAUACAGAAAAGAAGUCAAAUAAUGAGAAACCUAGAAAUAAUGGUAGUAGGGACAGUUCUUCUGAGUCAUCAGAAGAAGAAGAAAAGCAUAGUAAAUAUGAUAAACAUAGUUCUAGUAAAAGAAGAUAUUCUUCUGAAUCUAGUUCAGAUAGACAUAGCACUAAAAAAAGUAAUAGUAAUAAGGAAACUAGGAAAAAGAGGGAUUCUUCAGAAUCUGAUUCAGGUGAUAGGCAUAGAUCUAAGAAAAGUAGUAAGGAUACUAAAAAGAGAAGGCAUUCCUCAGAAUCUAGUUCAGAUGAUAGGCAUAGUUCAAAAAAGAGCAGAAGGGAUACAUCACCUAAAAGCAGUCAUAAACACAAAUCAUCAAAAGAUGAACACAAAUCCUCAAAAGAUGAAAAAGAAAGGAGUGAUAAGAAAGAUAAACACUCAUCAAGUAAACAUAGGGAGAGUUCAGAAAAGCAUAAAAGUAGUUCAGAAAAACACAAAGACAGCUCUGAAAAGUCUGAAUCAAAGAAAGAUUCUGAAGAGGAAAAGAAGCAUAGAUCAAAAAAGGAACAUGAAGAUACACAUUCAAGCAACAAAUCAGAAAAACAUAAAAAGCCUGAAGAAAGAGAAAAUUCACAUUCGAAUGCUAAAUAUGAGAAAAGUAAAAAACAUGAAGAAAAGUCUGAUAAACAUUCACAAUCUAGUCAUUCAUCUAAACAUAGGGAUAAAGAAUCACCCCAUUCUAGUUCUGAUAAGAAACAUAGUAAAGAAAAAGAUAAAAGGGAAAAAGAAAAAUCUGAAUCUAAAAAAGAAAGAAAAGAGGAAAAGAAGCCCAAAGAAAUUAUUGCAGAGCAGAAAAAAUCUGAACAUAAAUCCAAAGAAUCCUCUUCAUCUUCAAAACAUGAUAGUAGUGAAAAGAAAAAUAAGAUAAAGAAGGAAAAAGAAGUUGUUAAAAAAGUCCAACAACAGAAGAUCAUCCAUGGUAUUGAUUCUGAGUCAGGAGCGAGCUUUGCUGAGGCUCUUGGGAUGUGUGGUCCUUACGUAUCUAGUCCUAAAAAGAAACCUAUUGUAGAAAAAAAGAAGGAGAGCAGUAGUGUGGACAAAUAUGUAGAUAGUGAUGAGUACGAGCCUGUUCCUGUUAGUAAACCCAAGACUAUGACCAAAUACGAUGAUGGAGCUAGCAGUUCUUCAUCAAAAGUGGUUGUGCCGAGUUUAAUGAAAGAACCAGAACCAUUGACUAUCUCUUUGUCCAGCCUUUUGCCAGAAAUUUCGCCGAAUUAUAAACCUUUAUGUGUACCUUUCGAUAAUCAACCCAAACGCAUUAUAUCCGAUGAUGAAGCGUUAAGCAGAGUGAUGAUGAAUAAGAACCAGAGGACAAAGGUAUAUUCUGGGAACAAAACCAUUGGCAAGGUUGAAAGUUUGUUUCAAAUAUGUGUUCGAAUUCUGCAAGAUAAUAUCGAUGCUUUGGAAUAUACAGGUGGGGUCCCAUACUUAAUCCUCAAGCCCAUAAUGGAGCGCGCUACGCCAGACCAGUUGUUCAACCUGGAGCAUCAUAAUCCAUAUUUGAUAGAAGAUACCGAUGGGCUAUGGAAGUUGCACUGUCAAAAGGAUUUCCGCACCAAGAGGCGCGAGGAGAUGGAAUCGUGGCGGGAUAUGUACAUGCGAUGUUUGGACGAAAGAGAAGCGAAACUCAAUGCUGUGACGGCCACUAUUAAACAAUCGCAAACAGUCGCUAUACCAGUCAGGACAACCAAGCUGGCUUAUGUGGAAUCUGAAUAUGUCAAGCCUCCUAGGAACGUAGCUCGGAAACAGGCUAAAAAUGGCACAGUUUCUACAGAUAGAAAGGUUUUACCUAGCCAAAAAGUUACAGCAUUAGCUAAAUCCGGAGAAGCUGAGAAGAUAGCAGUCCCAGAUCCCGGAAAAAGAGCCGCCGACCGAUCCGGUUCAAGUGGUAGUGUCAGCGCAGCAGCAAUGAAACCCAAGAAAGCUCCACUUAUGGCAAAAACUCUAUCAUUCCUAAAGAACAGGUUCAAACGAUGAUAUCUUUCAGUCAUUUAUUUAGAGAAAAAUUAAGUAUGCCAUUCUUUCUAGAAAUUACGAAUAUACAUUGGUCAAACUAUUAUAUUUGUGAAAAAAUAUUUCUUCAUACAACAUGCUGUACAUAAAAUAACUAUUUUAUGUAUAAUUUUUGUGUAUCAACAAAAAUAUGGAAUAUAAGAUCUUAAUUUAAUUUAAUAUGUUGAAAGCUUAAAAAUGUAUCUGUCGUUUAGUCAUCCAAACAGUUUAUACUGAGUAGCAGAUUUAGCUUAAUAGAUACAUCUAUAUUUGUGACUGUCGGAUACUGCUGACGAGUCUCUGUUGGGUAGAAGUCUUCCUUCUCUCUUUUCGAUUUUUGCUGAGCUUUAUCGCGGCUAUUGUUAAUUUAUUCCUGGUUCCGCAAGAGGUGAGAUAAUGGAUGAUCAUGUCCGGCAGAUGCCCGCAUGCCGCGAGAGAGCUAAUGAAAUGUGGGUAUCAGGUGUUAUCCAAAAUCAAACUGUCACUAGCUUCCUCUCGGUGGUACUCACUUCACAGAAACAUCCUGAGUAUAAAGAGCUCGUCAAUUAUGACGUAUCACGACUCUGAAGGAAAUAUUAACAAUCCUAUUGUUCCUUUUGUUUCGCCUAUUGGUCUGGUAACUCGAGGCGAAAAUACGCCAAUUCGCGCAAUUCACUACCAUUGGUGUUUGAUGUAAUUCAUCGGCAUUCAAUUUUUUGUAUAUAUUAAAAUGAUCCAAAUCUGCACUUGCAGCUGGCCAUCAGACAUGUAGAAAAAUUCUGAUAUGUUAUUUAGUCUUCCCGUACUAAAUGAUGAUCAUUUUUUUGGUGCAUAGAUUUAUAUCUAUAAUAUUUAAAGUUGCUUAAAUAAAUCUUCCUCGUUUGAAGAAUUUUAAAUAAACUGCUGUCAAAAUGAUUGUAAUUAGUAGGUUUGUUUAAAAUCAACCCAACACGGCCAGCUGUAGGCCGGAACAUUAUUGUGGUAACUCUAAGCCUUUCAAAUAUUUGACCCCUAUUUACAAUAUCAAUUAACGUUGUUCUUUUAAUUCAUUUACUUAUUGUUAACUACAGCCUUUAUACAAUCUAAGCAUGAUAAUUUAUUUGAAACUUUAUAGCCGACAUAACCAGCAACAUAUUGUAUAGCAGAAUAGACGGAGAGGCAGCGCUGAAAAAUCCCUUUGAAUUUACUAAAGCUAAAUUUUUCACAGUUGAUUACUGUGAUUUUGUAGAGAAACAUACUGCGGCCGGUCAAGCGAAA